CGGUCGAUGUGCUAAACCGUUGCCUGGACGCGACAAUGGAUUGGAUGAGAACUAACAAACUGAGACUCAAUCCUGAUAAGACUGAGAUGCUGUUGGUGGAUGGAUUUUCCAAUCAGGUGGUGGAUACAUAUCCUGUCCUGGAUGGGGUUACACUCCCCCAGAAGGAACAGGUUCGUAGUCUGGGAGUCGUUCUAGACUCUUCCCUGUCACUCGAGGCUCAUGUAGCCGCGGUGGCACGGAAUGCGUUCUACCAACUUCGAUUGGUAGCCCAGCUACGUCCCUACCUGAGUAGGGAGGACCUUACAUCAGUAGUACAUGCUCUGGUAACCUCACGUUUGGAUUACUGUAAUGCGCUCUACGUAGGGCUACCUCUGAAGACGGUUUGGAAGCUACAGCUGGUGCAAAAUGCGGCGGCCAGACUGCUAACAAGAACUAAGCGGUCUGACCAUAUAACACCUGUCUUGGCCCACUUGCACUGGCUCCCAAUAUGCUUCCGGGCCAAAUUCAAAGUGUUGGUACUAACCUAUAAAGCCUUAUACGGCGCGGGACCUCGAUAUCUGUCAGAACGCCUCUCCCGCUAUGAACCGGCUCGUACACUACGGUCUGCUACGAAGGCCCUCCUCCGGGUUCCGACUCAUAGGGAGGCCCGGAGGGUGGUGACAAGAUCAAGGGCCUUCUCAGUGGUGGCCCCCGAACUGUGGAAUAGUCUCCCUGAGGAGGUCCGCCUGGCGCCGACACUGUCAUCCUUUCGGCGCCAGGUUAAAACCUUCCUUUAUUCCCAGGCAUUUUAAUUUUAUUUUUUGUUAAUGUACUGUAAUGUCUGAAACUUGAUUCUGAGCCUUUGCUGUUUUAGACUGUGAUAUUUGAUUUUAGA